AUGGGCAGCUUCAUCAAAGACAACGAAGCUGAUGACGCUCUUCGCGAGACUCUGAAGUACUGCGAACCAAAUCCAGACUGUAGCAAUGACGGUCUACAAAUGUACGCGACCAAUAUACGACUCGACAAGGGGGCGGGCAAAUUUCCCAAUAACGACGGCAAAACCAGAGGCAAGCCUUACGACAAUGCUCUACACAACACCUACAGGAUGGCUGGUGAGUCUGCCGACAUUCGACAACUGCAUAUUAGCCUCAAAAUCACUGGAGAUAACUGGAACGAUGUCCUUACUCGAGUCUACUAUUACGAGAACGGCAAUCAGGUCGAGCUUGCAAAGAAAAACACAGAAGGCAUGAAAGCCAAUGACGAAUUCACGUUGCCCGUCAGCAACACCCUACUUCAAGAGCUCAGAGUCAAGAAAACUGAUUGUACGGACUUCGAGUUUACGUACGGGAACCCUAGCGAUGCCAAUAAGCCCUGGAAAGCUUUCGACUUCAAUACGGGCGACAAGGGCUAUAAGCCGUACUCGUACACUCUUUCAGGAGACUACUGCGUUACCGAGUCAAAGCCGAAGAUGAAGACGGUAGCACAGUCCGAGAGCUAG